UAACAGCCUAUGAAUCUCUAUGAUGCUGGCGCAAGCAUAGAAAAAAAUGAGAGGAAAAAAAAGGAGUGGGCCGCUGCACUGCAAGUACACGAGUUUGAGUUGUCCCGGUAUAUACCUCGUCUCCUUGCGCUAGGGCGAUUAGAAUAGAGCGAGUAAAUACAGCUCGGAAUCAAGCAACGGACCGUGGGCGUUUGGGAAUCUAAUGGUCCAGUUGCGAAAGCUGCCGAUGCGGCCGUGUAUAAAUACGCGGCAGCAACGGCGAUGCUAGGCAUCAGCACUCGGCAGCUGUCAGCGCUGAUCGGCUCCCAAUCAGAGCCUGUCUCUCCGGCGAGCUCCUGCGCCGUAGUCAUCAUCGCCAUGGCUAGGGAAGAAGAGCUCAAGAGGAUUGAUCUGAAGGUGAACGUGAGCUGCUGCGAGGGGUGCAGGAGGAAGGUGAUGAAGGCCAUGAGCUUGAAAGGCGUGCUGAGGACGGAGAUCCAGCCGUCGCACGACAGGGUGACGAUCGUCGGCGACGUGGACGCCAGGGUCCUCGUCAAGAAGCUGUCCAAGGUCGGCAAGAUCGCCGAGGUGCUGCCGCCGCCGCCGCCGCCGCCGCCCUCUGAAAACGGCAAGAGGCGCGAGAAGGGCGGCACGAUGGACGGCGGCGACAGGUCGGCGCCGGCGGAGGAGGAGAAGAGCAGCAUGGGCAAGGACGACGGCAAGGGCACCGGGGGCGAGAAGGCCGCGGCGUGCAAGGAGGAGGAAUGCAAGAAGUGCACGCAGAAAGCCGCGCGCGCCUGCGACGCCGAUGGCGGCAGAGGCGACCACGCGGCCAGCGGGAAGGCGGCGGCGGCGUCCAAGGACGCCGCCGCGAACGCCAUGGGCGGCGAGGAAGGCCGCGACGCCGACGGCUUCGGUGGCAAAGCCGUGGCGCCGGCGCUGCAGGUGCAGAUGCAGCAGCACUACCACCGCGCGGAGCCGGCGAUGGUGGUGCCGGUGCACGUGCCGGCGGCGGCGUACUACCCACCGGCCCCCGCGCCGUACUACGGCGGCUACUACGCGAUGCCGCCGCCGCCCAUGGUCAUGCCGGUGCCGAUGGGGGCGCGACGGCAGCUCCGGCCGCAGCCGUCCCGCUUCGACGAGGACUACUUCAACGACGACAACACGGUCGGCUGCCGCGUCAUGUGAAGCAAUCAAAUCAACAUGGCCGACCCGGCCAGCCAGCGCCGCUCCCGACUGCCGUAGCUUCAUUCCUUACCGUGUCAUUUUUUCCCCGAGCAGAUCGCAUCGAUGGCGAUGCGUCUGCCGCGCGUGCGCAGUGUAACAACUGUAACCGACCCAAGAACCAAACGAAUUCUUUUUCUCCGUUCUCCGAACAUUAUACUAAUCGAAGAAGAAGA